AUGGCAACAGCUAGGACAUCUCAUCUGCAAUCGCCGCGAAUACAGCGCCCCGCGAAGAAGGCAAGUUCUGCGCAGUGGUGAGUGCCAUCUCGAUCAAUUUCAGCGAGCCGGAUCAGAAGUUGCAAAGGUUGGCAAGUCUCGAGUCUCUGCAUCAGGCGUCGAGCACGCGGCAUACUAGAAUAGAUGCUGUAGCUGCACUCGUCGCUCUCUUCUCAACGCGGCAGGCCGGACUGCAUCGCUCUGAACAGUUCGGUCAAUACGACGCCGGAGGACUGCGAACAUGCUUCGACUCAAAGCACGUGGCAAGACACUCUACAUGAAGUCCAGAAGACCACACAUCAAAGUCCUUUGUGA